UAAACAUUUCCUUGAUUUUCUAUAUAAAUAAAAAAGAAGCUUCCUUGACCCUUUAUUACCAGUAACUUCCAUUCCAAUACUUAAAUUCACAAUUUGACUCAUGCUUUAGACGAUACGCAUCGCCUCUUUAAAUAAAACGACAAAACAAUCUCUCGAACUUCACUUCCUCACUCACCCUUUUGUUUUCCUCAAGUUACCACAAUCAAUCUCUCAUCAAACUUCACCCUUGUUACUCACACCUCCACAAACCAACCUCACUCAACCACCGCCACCGUUUCCACGAAACCUAAAUAUGGUCACAACAGAACUCUCUCACUCUCAUUAUUCUUCCAUAAUGGCCAAACCCACUCUCAAAAACAAAUCUUCCUCUCCAUGGUUCUCCGACGGUUUCCUCUUCCUCGGAGGAGCACUCUCAGCUCUUUUACUCGUUUGGGGUUUCUCCACUUUAACAAUCCCCAUCCCAAACGAAAACCCUACUUUAAAAUCUCAACAAAACAACGCCGUUUCAUAUUCCACUCCCGACUUACUCUUCGACCCGCCGGACCAAACAUUCUACGACGAUCCCGAAAUGGGGUACAACAUGGACGACAAUGUCCGGAACUGGGACGAGAAACGCGACGAAUGGCUAAAGCUUCACCCUUCUUUCUCAGAUAAAGAAAGGGUUUUAAUGCUCACCGGAUCACAACCCUCGCCGUGUAAAAACCCAAUCGGCGACCAUAUGUUAUUAAGAUUCUUCAAAAACAAAGUAGAUUAUUGUCGUAUUCACGGCUACGACAUUUUCUACAACAACGCUCUUUUACAUCCUAAAAUGUUUGCUUACUGGGCUAAAUAUCCUGUCGUUAAAGCCGCAAUGAUGGCCCACCCAGAAGCCGAGUGGAUCUGGUGGGUUGACUCAGACGCGUUAUUCACCGACAUGGAGUUCAAGCUUCCUUUACAACGUUACAAGAAUCACAACCUCGUUGUUCACGGUUGGCCACAUUUAAUCCACGAGAAACGUAGCUGGACGGGCUUAAACGCCGGCGUGUUCUUAAUCAGAAACUGUCAGUGGUCGUUGGAUUUAAUGGAUGCAUGGGCCGGAAUGGGCCCGCAAAGCCCGGAAUAUGAAAAGUGGGGUAAAACUCUCCGGUCAAUUUUCAAAGACAAAUUCUUCCCGGAGUCAGACGAUCAGACGGGGCUGGCUUACUUGAUCGCGAUCGAGAAAGAGAAAUGGGCGGACAGGAUUUAUUUGGAAGGUGAAUAUUAUUUCGAGGGUUACUGGGAAGAAAUCGUUGGAACAUUCGAGAAUAUUAGUAGGAAAUAUAACGAGAUUGAGAAAGGGGUGCGUAGGUUAAGGAGGCGUCACGCGGAAAAGGUGAGUGAAGGUUACGGUGUUGUUAGAGAAGAGUUUUUGAAAGAGGCGGGUUACGGGAAAGGUAGUUGGAGGAAACCGUUUGUUACGCAUUUUACGGGCUGUCAACCGUGUAGUGGGAAGUAUAAUGAAAUGUACACGGCGGAGGCUUGUUGGAACGGGAUGCGCAGUGCGCUCAAUUUCGCUGAUAAUCAGGUUAUGCGUAGAUAUGGUUUCGUGCAUCCGGAUCUAGAGGAUAAUGGGGUUUCUUCUUUACCUUUUGAUUAUCCAAAACCAAAACCAAAACCCAAGCAAUGAAAAUGAAUAUGAAUAUGAGUAUAAUUCUGUCUUUGAAUCUGACACUUCCAGGUAAUAUUUUAAUGAUGAUUAAUAGAAUCCAAUUGUUGUUGGUGACCUAUGUCUACUCAGAUUCUGUAUGAAAUAUUUUAUUAUGCUUUGUGUGAUAUUUUAAGGGAACUGUUUUGGCAUAUUAGAGGUGGGGUUUUGGUAUAAAAUGAUUAGAUUAUAGAAUUGGAUAGUUUUAUUCUUCUCGAAUUGCUAGAUAGAAGUAUAAUGUUGUUGGUUGGUUGUUUUGUUUCUUUUUGUUGGUAAUCAUGUCCCAUUUGUUGUCUUUUGUUAAAAGAAAAUGUUCUUAAUCUUUUUACAUGCUUCUGAUUUGUUUUUGGACUA